AUGACGGAGGAGGCCGAGGCGGCCGGCAUCAUCUGCUCUCUCCGCGCGGCCGACCUCGCCGGGUGGACGCCGCCCUGGAAGGCGAGCGCGCCGGCGUCGUCCGAAGCCACGGCGAAGGAGGAGACGGCCUGGCCGGCGGUGGCGCGGGGGAAGCGGACGCGGGCGUCGCGCUCCGGCUCCGCGGCCAGCAAGAACAAGGGGAGAUGGGCCCGGGGCAGCCCCGCGUCCCCGCUCGACUACAGCGGCGGGUCCGGGUCCGGCGCGUCCACCAGCGGCGGCGAGGACGGCGCCUUCUGCUCGCCGCCGGCGGCGGCGGUCGCCCUCGCGCGCGGGCACGCCGGCCCAACCACCGCCACCCCAGCUUCUUCAUCAGCCAAGGUUGGUCCUGCCGGAGGAGCACAGCGCCCGUCGAUCAUGCCCGUCCCGCCGGCCCGCACUGCCGGCCAGAGGUCGCGGAAGAAGAUGAGGCUCCCGGAAGUGAAGCAGCUAGUGCUGUCCCUGUCGGCGGAGAACGUUGGCCUUCGCCGGGAGAUGGAGACGCUGCUGAGGGCCUGCACGGCGCUGUCCAAUGAGAACGGCAGACUAGAGACAAGGUUUGAGCAUUCUUCCUCCUCGAACAAGCGGAAGAUGGUAGGGUCCGAAGAGGCGGAGCGGCGACAAAGGAAGCCGCAGCAAGCCGGUGGCGGCUUUGCGCUCCCCGACCUCAACUUUCCGGCGCAGGAUGUCGCCGACGCACCAGCAGCGGCUCCCUCACGGCCAACCUGA